UCGUUGCUUCGAGUUCUCCGAGUUUUCGACAGCGGAGUUAUCUACUUCUCAUCUCACCUCCGCGCCGCGCCGCCUGGUCGGCCACCGUCGCCAUGUCCUUCUUCGCCAAGAACCAACUCUUGGGCGCUCAAAUCAAGACAGCGGCCGUCGCCUCUUCCUCUCCUCGGAGGCGUAGAUCUCCCGCUCCUUCCGACGAUCGAUCUCUCGCACUUAAAACCUCCGUUUGGGGAGCUUGCAAGAAAUCUCUCGCUGUAUUUUCAAUUUCUGCUGCUUCCUUCGCCGCGGCUGGAGGAGGGGGGUUCGUUCUGCUAGCUUCCUCCCCUCCUCCUCCUGUGCCCCCUAUUGACGGCGGAGGCUGUGGUGGAGGUGGCGGCUGGUUCGGAGGCAGUGAUGGCGGUGGGUUCUGGUCCAACCUGUUAUCCCCAUUGGCGGCUCAUGCGAAGGAGGACGAAAGGCCCGAGUGGGACUCCCAUGGCCUCCCGGCCAACAUCGUCGUCCAGCUCAACAAGCUGAGCGGCCUCAAACGGUACAAGAUCUCCGAUAUCUUCUUCUUCGACAAACGCCGGUCAACCAUCGUCUCCGGCUCGGAGGACUCCUUCUUUGAGAUGAUGACUCUGCGUCCCGGUGGCGUCUACACCAAGGCUCAGCUCCAGAAGGAACUCGAAAAUCUAGCCUCUUCAGGAAUGUUCGAGAAGGUCGACCUCGAAGGCAAGACGAAGCCCGACGGCACUCUGGCCAUCACGAUGCCGUUCACUGAGAGCACGUGGAUGUCUGCUGAGUCGUUCCGAUGUAUCAAUGUUGGACUGUUGCCGCAGACGAAAGUGAUGGAGAUGGACGCGGACAUGACGGAGAAAGAGAGAUUGGAGUUCAUGCGUGCACAAGACCGGGAGUACAAGAAGAGGAUUGAUCGGUCGAGGCCGUGCUUGCUUUCUGAUGACGUGAAGAAGGAGAUUGUUCGGAUGCUGAACGAGAAGGGGAAGUUGAGCGCUAGAACGCUGCAAACAAUUCGUGACCGAGUGCAAAAAUGGUACCACGACGAAGGGUAUGCGUGCGCUCAGGUGGUCAAUUUUGGGAACCUGAACACAAGGGAAUUGGUAUGUGAGGUUGUGGAGGGUGAUAUCACGCAACUUGACGUCCAGUUCUUGGAUAAACUUGGAAACACGACUGAAGGAAACACUCAGCUUGCUGUCAUUCGCCGGGAGUUGCCCACACAGCUUCGACCAGGGCAUGUGUUUAACAUGGAAGCAGGAAAGCAAGUUUUGAGAAACAUGAAUUCACUUGGUCUAUUCUCUAACAUAGAGUUGAAUCCACGACCUGACGAGAAGAAUGAUGGAGGAAUCAUAGUUGAAGUCAAACUUAGAGAAAUGGACCAAAAGUCUGCUGAAGUAAGUACAGAAUGGAGUUUUGUACCAGGACAUAAUGGAUGGCCAACUCUGGCAUCUAUUCAGCCUGGCGGAACUGUCUCACUUGAUCACCGUAACAUUAAAGGAUUGAAUAGAUCAAUUUCCUGUUCAAUGGCAUCGGGUAAUCUGCUCAAUCCUCAGGAUGAUCUGUCUUUCAAGCUUGAUUAUGCACACCCUUACCUGGAUGGCGUGACAAAUCCUCGCAAUCGAACCUUCCGUGUUAGUUGCUUUAACAGCAGGAAGUUGAGUCCUGUUUUCACUGGUGGACCAGGUGCUGAGGAAGUUCCACCCGUGUGGAUUGACAGAAUGGGAAUGAAAGCCAAUGUGACCGAGAACUUCACUCAACAAAGCAAAUUCACAUAUGGACUCGUGAUGGAGGAGAUUACGACGCGGGAUGAAACUUCUACUGUGUGCACCCAUGGUGUUCGAGCGUUGCCUGUUGGCGGUUUGAGCAUCGAUGGACCUCCUACAACCCUCAGUGGGACUGGCACUGAUCGGAUGGCAUUUGCUCAGGCAAACAUUACACGUGACAAGACAAGGUUUCUAAAUGGUGCCAUUGUCGGGGAGAGAGAUGUGUUUCAGUUGGACCAAGGUCUCGGAAUUGGUAGCAAUUUUCCGUUCUUCAAUCGUCACCAGCUCACAUUAACCCGCUUUGUUCCAUUGAAACAAGUUGAAGAAGGUACUGGUAAAUCGCCCCCACCUGUUUUAGUUUUACAUGGACAUUACGGUGGUUGCGUUGGAGACCUCCCGAGCUACGAUGCUUUCACUCUCGGAGGACCCUACUCAGUGAGAGGCUACAACAUGGGAGAGUUGGGUGCCUGCAGGAACAUUCUUGAGGUUGCGGCCGAGUUGCGGAUCCCUGUUAGGAACACCCAAGUGUACUUUUUUGCUGAGCAUGGAAAUGACCUUGGCAGCUCAAAGGAUGUGAAAGGAAACCCGACUGAGUUUUUCCGCCGCAUUGGACAUGGAUCUUCCUACGGUGGUGGCAUCAAGCUUGGGAUGGUAAGAGCAGAGUAUGCAGUCGAUCACAAUUCUGGCACAGGUGCCGUGUUCUUCAGAUUCGGCGAGAGAUUUUGAGUAGUUCUUAAUUCUAUCUGAGUGAAUUGAAGAACUGUAGUCUUUUUGUAUCCAUUAUAUUGAGUUCUUUUGUAUCCCAUUCAAGUUCUACCCUAUUACUUUCUGUGCUGUUCAUGUUUAUGAAAAAAUUUCAUCUGAUUCUUAUGGAAA